AGACCCUCGAAUGAUCGGCUUGGUAUUGUAUAGUGAACGAGUGGGUGAAUGACCGAUUGAGCUAUAGGGCGUUAUGGAACGAGAGAUAGGCCUAUUUUUAGCAGGCCACUGAUGAUUUGAUUGGAUACAUGACGAGACGGGUGAUCAGAAAGAAGUUCGUGUGUUUUUAUGAAUAAGAGAAGGAGCGAGAAGGAGAGAAAGAGAGAGAGGAUUGCACAUCUGGGAAUGUUGGUGAGUGCAGCUAUUCUAUUCAUUCUGUAUCAUCAUUGUAUAAUUGCGUUAUAUUGUUGAUAGUAAUAAAGCCUAAUUUAAUGUAAUGUCAUGUAGCCUAGGUAUUUCUGUAAGGGCUGACACGCCAACAGACUACUCGAUUUUAUAAUUUGAUAGCCUACAUGUCUAUCAUUAUAUACAGACAUUAAAAUGAAACACUCAAAGUUUUGUACUGUGUCAUAUAAAACUCGGAAAACAUGCCCAAACAAUGGCGCAUCUCCGUUUUACUUUAUUAUUUAUUGAUGAGAACAUUUCAAUGCUCUUUGUCUCUAUUCUAAUAUAGUGUUACAAAUAAACAUCGUGCUAAAUUGCAUCGAUGCUCAACAGAUUAGAAUAGGAACAGCAUACAGAAUGCUACAGGUAUUCGUUAUUUGAUAUUUUCACCUAAUUUAAUUGAGCAACAUAUUUAGUUGUACAACGCUGUCUGGAAAACAUCUCCCUUCCCUCUGGCAGAAGAAUCGCAGGUUAACGUUUUUUGUCAUGAAUCUUUUUCUGGAGGCAGCUCUGCAGAAUGGUCACUAGCUGGCACAGCCGCAAAGUCAUACAACCUAACGCUAACCUUAACCACAUCGAUAACCCUAACCUUAAAUUAAGACCAAAAAGAGAAUUUUUGUUUUCAUGAAUUUUUACAAUAUAGCAAUUUUACACUUACUUUGUAGCUGGCCCAUCUAGCGGAAAUCUGCCUCCAGGACAAGACUCAUCCCAAUAACCAUCAACCUGCAGCGGAAUCGCACCAUUUCACCACGUAGGUGUGGCUUGGCUCAGACAGCAUCGUCUGAUUCUGAUUCCAAUCCCUGACUUCCUCUCUGCACCUUGCAUUUAACUGGUCCUCAGUGUGCUUCAGUUGGACGGACUCGACAGAGCGCAGCUGACGCAGUGACGGUGUGAGUGGAGCAGAGAGAACCGAGGAUGGGUGGCGGAGGCCAGCAGACGGAGUCAGGCGAGCCGGCCAAGGGUGACAGGGGUGGGCCCGGUGCAGUCUACACCUGGGAAGAGGUCCAGAGGCACUCUCACAGAGGCGACCAGUGGUUGGUCAUCGACAGGAAGGUCUAUAAUAUUUCCCAGUGGGUGAAGAGACACCCGGGGGGCAUCAGGGUCAUCAGUCACUUUGCUGGAGAAGAUGCCACGGUCAGUAGCCUAACUAUGGAAGUUGUUGGUGAAAUGUUCUCAAGCUAUUCCAAUAAGACUGUUGCAAAUGUUAUAAUGUUGUAGGUUUAGAAAUGUUUAGUGGUCUGUCACUGUAUGACAUAUCCAAGGCCGGAUUAAGAAAUCAUCGCUCUGACUGUCAAACUGAGAUCAAUCUGGUCUUGAAUUUAAAAAAAACAAUAGCCCAGGCAAAUGAAGCGACAUGCAGAUAGUACAAUAUUAGGAGGACAUAUACAGUACCAGUCAAAAGUUUGGACACACCUACACAUUGGCGCACAAUUGGCCCAGCGUCGUCCGGGUUUGGCCCGGUGUAGGUCAUUGUAAAUAAGAAUUUGUUCUUAACUGACUUGCCUAGUUAAAUAAAGUGAAUCCAAUGAAUCACACCGUCUCCUCUGAAAAAAAGAAAACCCUUGAAUGAGUAGGUGUUCUAAAACUUUUGACCGGUAGUGUAGAUUUCCUUAAUUAUUAUUAUUUUGUUAAUUUUUUUGCUUCCACUUGGGUCCCCCACGGGCCUGGGCCCAGGGGCUUCAGCCCCGGUAAACCCCUGUUGUUAGUGUAUUGUACAUUGCUGGAUCCUAAUAUCAUGAUAAUCUCUUAACUAAUAUCACAGUGAAUAUUUUAAAUGCGAGACAUAUAAAGGACAUUUGUAUGUAUUUCUAUUAAACAACAUUGAUUCAACUAUAUCUCUGUUUUCUAGGACGCAUUUGUCGCAUUCCAUCCCGAGCCUAAUUUUGUCAGGAAGUUUCUGAAGCCAUUGCUGAUUGGAGCGCUGGCACCCACAGAGCCCAGCCAAGACCAUGGGAAAAAUGUGAGGAUGCCUAUCUUUCUCUCUCCAUCUCCCUCUACAGCACCACGCCCAUAACAUACAUCGCUGUAGGCUACAUAAUGAAACAUAGAAUGUGAAGCCUAAAGCAUCUCUCCAUCUGACAUAGCACCACGCCCACUCUAACAUACUGUAGGUUUAGGAAGGGACCCGGGGACCAAUGUGAGGCCAAUCUUUCUCUUGCUAAUAGGGAAUUCCAUGCUACUCAGACAGAAUGCUGUGCAGAAUGGUACUUUCUACGACUGUGGUAAGAGCAGGUGUGAUGUGUAUGGAGAUAUUUCAAGACAAAGGUUUACCUCCUACAGAUGUAGUGUGGCAUCUUCAGUCAUCUACUAUAACUAGGGCACAUUAUACCAGCCUGUCUAUGUGCCCAGAUGCCCCGCUGCCCGCUGUCUGUUUACCUAUUCAGGAGUCUUACCUCUUAUCCUGGUACUCUUCAGCUUUCUGUUACUCCUAUUUCCUUCUUCUUCUUCUUCUUCUUCUUCACAGGUUUCUCUUCUCAAUUUACACUGUCCUCCUCCUCUCCUCCACUCUCAUCUCUCUACCAUCAUCCACCUUCCUCCUGGUUCAUCUUGGCUUUAUCACAGUUUGUCUUUCUGCAAUUCCUCGCAUCCUGUCACCUCGCCUCCUCGAAUCAAGGACAGAUUCAUUGAGAUAGACUUCAUACGUCUGUAUUGAUUAUUGAUCACCUCUACCCAAUACAGGCAGUACUGGUGCAAGACUUCCAGGCCUUGCGUGAUCGUGUGGAGAGGGAGGGACUCCUCCGUGCCCGCCCCCUGUUCUUCAGCCUCUACCUGGGCCACAUCCUGCUACUAGAGGCCCUGGCUUUGGGCCUGCUCUGGGUCUGGGGGACCAGCUGGAGCCUCACACUGCUCUGUUCCCUCAUGCUGGCCACGUCUCAGGUACCAUUACAGUAUUAUUAGGAAGCAGAAGGAGAUAUUUGACAGGUUAUUUGAUAGGUUCAAAAGUUAGGCAUAGGGAUCGAAGGUUAGGGUUAAGGUUAGAUGAUUAGGAUUAGGGUUAAGGUUAGGGUUAAGGUUAGAUGAUUAGGAUUAGGGUUAAGGUUAGGGUUAAGGUUAGAUGAUUAGGAUUAGGGUUAAGAUUAAGGUUAGAGUUAGAGGAUUAGGUUAGGGGUUAGGGGUGGUGGGGUUAGGGUAAGGGUUUAGGUUAGGCAUAGGGUUACCGAACUACCUUUCAGACGCCAUUCAAAAUCGUCCUUUCUUUUUCCCUGUCAGUCCCAGGCUGGCUGGCUGCAGCAUGACUUCGGCCACCUGUCAGUCUGCAAGAAAUCCAGAUGGAAUCACAUACUGCACAAGUUUGUCAUUGGACAUCUAAAGGUACGCUACUGGACAAUGGUUGGACAUUUGACAAUACUGUUUCUUUAGGCUGAUCUUCUGCUACUCUUUUGGGCCAGUUUACCGGACACAGCUUAACCCUAGUCCUGGACUGAAAACCAUUCUCAAUGGAUAAUCUCCUUUUGAAAGUACAUUUUACUCCAGCACUAGGUUUAAUCUGUGUUCAGGAAACUGGCCCUUUCACUUUCCUACAUUCACAAGAGCAGUGUUACAUUUCCAAGGUCACUGCUCUACAUUAGCCGUAUUUAGUGUAGUGUCCCAACAGUUGGAAGUUACAGUAAGUGUAAUUGUGUUUACCGGUGAUACGUAACAGUAGCUGUGUGUUUCCAGGGUGCCUCUGCUAACUGGUGGAACCAUCGUCACUUCCAGCACCACGCUAAACCCAACGUGUUGAGUAAAGAUCCUGAUGUCAACAUGCUGCAUGCCUUCGUCCUGGGAGACAAACAGCCUGUAGAGGUAGUUAUCACUAUAAUAUAUUUGUGAAUGUGAUCCCUGUGGGAACCGAACCCACAACCUUAGUGCUUUAUGACCCAUUAGACUACUUGUCAUAUUUGAAUAAUAAUAAUGUAAUCAUUCAUGUAAUAAUAUGAAUGUAAUAUUCAAAUAUCCAUGUAAUAGUUAAUUAAAUUAAUGUAAUAUUCAUGAAAUAACCAUGUAACAAAAACCAUGUAACGGUUUGGCUCAGUAGUGUUGAAACGGUAUUAGUGCUUCUGUGUAAGAUCCAUCUGACUCCUUGUCUCUGUCUAUUGCAGUAUGGUAUAAAGAAGUUGAAGUACAUGCCUUACCAUCACCAACACAAGUACUUCUUCCUCAGUAGGUUUCAUGAAUUUCUGUAUAGCAUCACAUCAAUUAUAGCAUCACAUCAACUUCCAUUGAACACAUAAAAGCAAUAGAUAGACGGCUGAUGUAUGUAUGUAUGUAUGUAUGCAUGUAUGUAUGUAUGUAAUAACUAUGUAGUAUUUUCCUUCUGUCUCUCAGUUGGACCUCCACUACUUAUUCCAGUGUUUUUCACCGUCCAGAUAUUCCAGACGAUGUUUUCACAACGGAACUGGGUGGUGAGAUUUCAUACCAACUAAACGUAUACUUAAUCUUCUUCAUUCCUAUGUGGAACAUAAAGCUUCCACGAGAGAGAGACACCUGUAAUGAUAUGAUUACGCUAACACCUGGGGGGGAGGGCACUAAAUGCUUGUUCAUUGCUCACUAAAGCUAGCAAGCAUAAUAUUGCACCACCAACAACACACUGACUGUACCGUCAGAGAUGACUAACUUCAUAAUCACAGUGAUAAUUGUCGCUUUGGUAGGAUCCCAGAUGUGAUAAUGUCUGUCCAUAAUACCAAUCUUUGUCUCCUGUGAAGGAUCUGGCGUGGUCGAUGACUUUCUACCUCCGCUUCUUCGGCUGUUACUACCCCUUCUUUGGUUUCUUUGGCUCAGUAGCCUUGAUCACCUUCGUCAGGUAAUGUAUGAACUGAGGGGUAGCUCAAAGAUUAACUCAUUCACUGGUUCAUUCAUUCAUUCAUUCAUCCAUUCAUUCAUUCAUUCAUUCAUUCCUUCACAGAUUCAUUCAUUCAUUGUAUUCAAACUAUCUACAGUAUAGAAAAACGACACAAUGAUGUGCUUGAUGUAAGAAUUUAACAUAAUAUUGUGACUGAAUAAUUGUAUUGUGAACAUUGGACUGUAUAUAUAGGUUUUUGGAAAGCCACUGGUUUGUAUGGGUGACCCAGAUGAAUCAUCUUCCUAUGGACAUUGAUCACGACAAACGCCAGGACUGGCUCACCAUGCAGGUAACGUGUCAUCAUUACUAGACAACUGGGCCAGUAUUGACAAAUGCGUCUUGGAGUAAUAGUGCUGAUCUGGGAUCAGGCCCCCCCCCGUCCAUACAAUCAUAUUCAUUAUUAUCUUAAAAGGUCAAACUGAUCCUAGAACAACACUCCUACUCUGAAGCUUUGUGAAUACAGGCCCUGGAGUGUUUUCUGGGGCUGUGCCAUCUGUAUUUGUAUUUAUUAUGGAUCCCCAUUAGUUCCUGCCAAGGCAGCAGCUACUCUUCCUGGGGGUUUAUUAUGGAUCCCCAUUAGUUCCUGCCAAGGCAGCAGCUACUCUUCCUGGGGGUUUAUUAUGGAUCCCCAUUAGUUCCUGCCACGGCAGCAGCUACUCUUCCUGGGGGUUUAUUAUGGAUGCCCAUUAGUUCCUGCCAAGGCAGCAGCUACUCUUCCUGGGGUUUAUUAUGGAUCCCCAUUAGUUCCUGCCAAGGCAGCAGCUACUCUUCCUGGGGGUUUAUUAUGGAUCCCCAUUGCCAAGGCAGCAGCUACUCUUCCUGGGGGUUUAUUAUGGAUCCCCAUUAGUUCCUGCCAAGGCAGCAGCUACUCUUCCUGGGGUUUAUUAUGGAUCCCCAUUAGUUCCUGCCAAGGCAGCAGCUACUCUUCCUGGGGUUUAUUAUGGAUCCCAAUUAGUUCUUGCCAAGGCAGCAGCUACUCUUCCUGGGGUUUAUUAUGGAUCCCCGUUGCCAAGGCAGCAGCUACUCUUCCUGGGGUUUAUUAUGGAUCCCCUUGCCAAGGCAGCAGCUACUCUUCCUGGGGUUUAUUAUGGAUCCCAAUUAGUUCUUGCCAAGGCAGCAGCUACUCUUCCUGGGGUUUAUUAUGGAUCCCAAUUAGUUCUUGCCAAGGCAGCAGCUACACUUCCUGGGGUUUAUUAUGGAUCCCCGUUGCCAAGGCAGCAGCUACUCUUCCUGGGGUCCAGCAACAUUAAUAUUACAUGACAUUACAUUUCAUAACACUUUACCCAAUACAUUUAGUGUGUUCCCUAAGGCCACAUCUGUAGUUCUCCAGUAGAGGGUGCUAUAACGUGUUUCUUUCUCUGGUCUUAGUUGAAUGCUACUUGCAACAUUGAACAGUCACCCUUCAACGACUGGUUCAGUGGACACCUCAACUUUCAGAUUGAACACCAGUAAGUGAAACAAAUAUCCCACCUUACUGUUGUCUGUGUCAACAGCAUAUGCUGUAUUUAUAUGGUAAUUUAUAAAGUCAUUCAGAUUCUAAAGAAGGUUAUAGUUUAGGUAGUAUUCAGCUUCAUUUGAUCUUAAAUAUAACUUAAGUUGUUUGUACUAAUUACAGCACUAAUUACUAAUGAAUUAUGAAUAGUGUUUUAGAUACAACAUUGAUACAAUCCUACUCAGAAACUGAGGUUUCUCUGAGAAACUCUGAUACCCUCUGCUCUCUCUCUCUGCCUCUCUCUCUCCCCCUGCCCCCUCUCUCUCUCUCUCUCUCUCUCUCUCUCUCUCUCUCUCUGUCUGUCUCCCUCACCCCACCCCACCCCCCCUCUCCCUCCCAGUCUGUUUCCUACCAUGCCCCGUCAUAACUACCACCUGGUGGCUCCUCUGGUGCGUGCUUUGUGUGAGAAACAUGGAAUUCCCUAUGAGGUCAAGACUUUGCAGAAAGGCAUCACUGAUGUUGUCAGGUAAGUGGUAACCUCACAUAUACCACUACUUAUCCAGGGGUAUGCAGUAGUUUUAAUGAAUACUUUUAAGUGCUUUCCUCUGGGAAUACAUUGUACAUCAUAAGGUGAUACCUGCUGCUCUCAGGCUCCUAUGUGAUUUACCUGGUUUGUUAUCCACCUCUGUUCCUCCCCAGGUCACUGAAGAAGUCAGGCGAUCUGUGGCUGGAUGCAUAUCUUCAUAAAUAAAUCCCUUCCUGACUCUGGACGGGAUUUAAUCCCAUCGCACAUUAACGACCUGUGAACAGAGAUAGUUUCUCAGACGUUUGUGUUGGAUGUUGUGUUUUGUUGUGAUGUAAUUGUUUUAAUCCCUUUUCGGACCCCAGGAAGAGCAGCUGCUGCAUUCGCAGCAGCUAAUGGGGAUCCAAAGCAGCAAUCCAGGGUUUAUAUUAGGGCUGUCAGAGUUAAUCAGUUAACUCAAGUUAACUUUUUGUCAUUUUAGUGCACACAUUUUUUAAAAUCGUGAUUAAUCGCAUUGUCUGAAAGCGUUGAAUACACUGAAAACAUCCAAAAUACAUCAUGUAUACAGCUAAAAUCUAUAAUGCCAUGUAAAAAAAUAAGUUGACAUUGAGGUUAAAUAAAGUUUGCUUUCUCAGUUUAUAUAAUUUUGCUAACUGUUACAUUAGACAACAUCAAGACAUCAAUACUCUUGUAAAGUUUUUGGUAUGAAAAAUCUUAAAUUACAGCUCACUUUGAGCAAAUUAGGAAUUUGCAAUUAAUCGCAGCAAAUCCUGCUAGUUAACUCGAUUGAAAAAAAAUAUAUAUUGUUUGACAGCCCUAGUUUAUAGACAUCAUUGGUAGAGCCUUUUGGUCGUUUUUUGUGGGGGGGUUUUCUUUGAUUGUAUUUCUAGCAUUAUCCACCGGGCUUGCUGCAGGCAGAAAAUCCUAGGAAAU